AUGACUAGAGACAAUGGGCUCGCAAUCUUUCGCAGAUUCGAUUUUGCCAAUGUGAUAAGUUUAUUGAGUCUUCAGGCUGAAGUGCAAGAACUGCAAGCUGCAUACCAGGACCAGUGCCGGCGAGAUAAGGCUGAGGGAAAGGCCUUGUCAUUUUCUUUCAAGAACAUCAGGGAAGACAGUGGGAAUGAUCAAUAUAAAAGGCUCGAGCUUUUGCGGCAAGCUUUAACAAGAUAUAUCUCACGUCUCGAUGCACUUGGUCCUGCAGAUAAUUCUCAAUUAGAUGCGCUUCGUGGAUGGCUCCAAGAUCCAAAGGGUGGUGCACAUGGGCCGAAAGGCAGGACAUUUCUUCAAAAAAGUGAAGCGCGACUGUGGGAACAGGAGGAGGGUUCGACAUUCAUCAGCGUUGGUCCUACGCAAGGCGAAAAAGAUAUCUUCACCAAGGUCAUCUCAUGGAUCCUCUUAUCGGUGGUGCAUAAAUAUCUUGGAUUCUGGCGGAUAGCAGGCCGUCCUAUCGACGCCGAGGCCGGAAUGUACUCCUACAGUGAUUCUCAGCUCCUUCGCACCGGCACACUCGUCGCAACAGUUCUAUCUUCGACUAUCCCGGUCCUGUCGAUCUUCGUCCUCUUCAUUGUCAAGAACACUUACGGCCGCAUUGGAAUUGCUGCUGGCUUCACGGCAGUCUUCUCGGCAGUGCUGGCGGCCUUCAGUUCUGCAAGGCGAGUUGAGAUCUUUGCAGCGACUGCAACCUUUGCUGCAGUCGAGGUUGUUUUCAUAGGGAGUGCUUUGAACACAGGGUCCUGA